AUGCCCACGACUUACAAAAGGAAAAAUGAAGAGAGAGCUAAAUGGAGUGCCGGUUCUUUAAGAAAUGCAAUUGAAUGUGUACAAAAUCUUACAUUGGGUGUAAAUGAAGCCGCCAGACAAUUUGGAAUACCUAAAACAACGCUAAAAGAUAGGAUUAAGAAGGGGGACGCAAUAAAACAACACAGAUUAGGUCCGUCAUCAGCGUUGGAAGAAGAUGCAGAACCAAAAUUUCAUGCGACACAUAAAAAAAUUGCAAACAUUUGGAUUUGCACCAGAUCGAGAGUCCGUCAGAAUAUGGGCUUUUCAACUUGCAGAAAAAUUAAAACUGAAGCACACGUUAAAUAA